AUGGAUCAGCAGAAGUUGGCGGCGCUCCUCUUGGAGUCGCAAGCUCCCGAUACCCAGAGGCUCAAAGCCAUCACCGCCGAGCUGCAGAAGAACUACUACGCCCAUCCCGGGUCCUUGUUGCUCCUAAUCGAGCUCAUCGCCACGCACGGAGAUGUCGGUGUGCGGCAGCAGGCUGCCAUCCAGGCGGCCCGACUGGUGCCCAAGCACUGGGAGAAGAUCCCCGCCGACCAGAAGGGCGCCGUGAGGCAGCACCUUGUACAAGCUACAAUGAAGGAGCCGAAUGCCCCCGUCCGUCACGCCGAUUCGCGUGUCGUUGCUGCCAUUGGAGCUCUCGACCUCGAAGACGGCGAGUGGCUCGACCUUCUCCCCGCCCUCUUCAACCUUGCUAGCAGCAACGACGUUGCCCAGCGCGAGGUGGGAUCUUACAUCAUCUUCAGCUUGCUUGAGGCCAACCCCACCAGCUUCAGCAAGCACACCGACAAAGUCCUCGAGCUCUUCGGCCACACAAUCCGCGACCCCCAUAGCGCAGAUGUCCGCAUCAACACCAUGAUGUCGAUUGGCGCCAUGCUGCUCAUGUUUGAGCCCGAGGAGGACGGGGAGUCUGUGGCCACCCUCCAGACCCUCGUCCCGCCCAUGGUUGAGAUCCUGAAGGACGCCGUUCAGGCUGGCGACGACGAGAAGACUGGCCAGGCAUUCGAGGUUUUCCAGCAAUUCCUGGCGUACGAGUCUGCGUUGCUUGGCAAGUACCUCAAGGAUCUGGUCCAGUUCAUGAUCGAUCUUGCCGCAAACACACAGGCAGAGGAUGAUGUUCGGUCGCAAGCCCUUUCGUUCCUCGCUCAGACUGUCCGUUACCGCCGAAUGAAGAUCCAAGGCAUGAAGGAUAUGGGCCAGCAGCUUACCCUGAAGAGCAUGGUGAUCCUGACCGAGAUCGACGACGACGAAGAUGAGGACGAGAUGAGCCCCGCGAGGUCCGCUCUGGCUCUUCUUGAUCAGCUUGCCAACGAUCUGCCUCCUCGCCAGGUCAUCGUUCCUCUGCUCGAGGCCCUCCCCAAGUUCGCCACUUCCGAAGACGUUGGUUACAAGAAGGCUGGCGCUCUUGCGCUGGGCACCGUCGUUGAGGGAGCCCCAGACUUCAUCGCCUCUCAGGUCAAGUCCAUCAUGCCCCACAUCGUCAACCUGUUGAACGAUGCCGAUGUCGGAGUUAGGCAUACUGCCUUGAUCGGUCUUUCCCGCUUGGCCGACGAUAUCGCCGAGGAACUCUCGGAAUACAACGAGGCUUUGAUGACGGCUCUUGUCAAGAACCUCCAAGCUGCCAUGAUCGCCAGCUCCGACCCCAAGGUCACCAAGAAGAAUGUCGAUAUCAUCCGUUCCGUGUGCGGAGCUCUCGACUCCAUGUCGGAUGGUCUUGACGCCGAGUUCAUGAAGAAGUAUGCCGGCGACCUCGUCAGCAACAUUGGCGCGCUUGUGGCCCACGACGACUACAAGGUCAAGGUUGCCGCCGCUGGGGCGCUUGGUGCGAUCGCAGAGUCUCUCGACGAGGACUUCGCGCCCUACUUCGAGAAGACCAUGCUCGCUCUUGGUGCCUAUCUCAGUGUCAAGGAGACGGAGGAACAGUUGACUCUUCGUAGCGGAGUCUGCGAUUCCAUGGGUCGCAUCGCCUCUGCUGUCGGUGCUCAGAACUUCCAGCCCUUUGUCCUGGACAUCAUGCGGGCGAGCGAGGAAGCCCUGCACCUUGACAGCUCUCGGCUGAGGGAGAGCAGCUUCAUCUUGUGGAGCUCGCUCGCCAAGGUGUACGAGAAGGAGUUUACUCCGUUCUUGCCCGGCGUGUUCAAGGGCCUGUUCGAGAGCCUCGAGCUUGAGGAGGAGGAGUUCUCCCUCCAGCUGACUGAGGCUGAGAGGGGUAUCGUUGGGACUGACGAGGGAGUUAUUGCUGGCGGCAAGAAGAUUAAGAUCAGAAGCGCCGAUGAUGACGACGGCGAGAACGACAUGGGUGACGACGAUAGCGAUGACUGGGAGGACUUUGGUGGUGUAACUCCCGAGGCCCUGGAGAAGGAGGUGGCUGUUGAGAUCCUCGGAGACAUCAUCACAUACGCCUGCGGCGGGGCUGAGAUCAAGGAGUAUCUCGAGAAGGCCGUCGAGAUGAUCGCGCCUCUCGCUGACCACACGUACGAGGGCGUCCGCAAGGCUGCUAUCGCGACCCUGUGGCGCGCUUAUGCGCGAGUAUGGCAGGUCAUGGAGGAGGAGACCGGCGCAAGCUGGGAGCCUGGCCUUCCCCUGAAGCAGACCCCGACCGUCACUCUGGCCAAGCUCGGUGAGAUUGUGACCAAGGCCACGCUUCACAACUGGAACGAGGAAGCCGAUCGUUCCGUCGUUACCGAGAUCAACCGCAACGUCGCCGCUACACUCAAGGCGUGCGGCCCCGGAAUUCUGGCCCAGGAAGACAUGAUGAAGGAAAUUGUCACUGUCCUCACGACCAUCGUCACUCGGUCCCACCCUUGCCAGCAAGACCUUGGCGAUGAGGACGAGGACCAGGAGGUCGAGGGCACGUCCGAGUACGACUGGCUGGUUAUCGACACCGCUCUCGAUGUUGUCAUCGGCCUUGCUGUCGCUCUCGGCCCCUCUUUUGCCGAGCUCUGGAAGGUCUUUGAGAAGCCGAUUCUGCGGUUCGCGUCGUCAGAGUCUGAGAACCUCGAGCGAUCCACCGGCGUUGGUGUCAUUGCCGAGUGCGCUGCCAACAUGGAGGCAGCCGUCACCCCGUACACCGCCAAGCUGCUCAACUUGCUCCUGAAGCGACUCUCGGACACUGACCUUGAGACGAGGAGCAACGCUGCCUACGCCACCGGCCAGCUGAUCUACAACUCGACCGACAGCAACACAUAUUUGGCCCAGUACGACACAAUUCUGCGCAAGCUUGAGCCCAUGCUGCAAAUUCAGGCGGCUCGCAUCAAGGACAACGCGGCGGGCUGCAUAUGCCGCAUGAUCAUGUCUCACCCAGAUCGUGUCCCCAUCAGCGAGGUUCUGCCCGCACUGGUCGGGCUUCUUCCCCUGAAGGACGAUUACGAGGAGAACUCGCCCGUGUACGAGUGCAUCUUCAGGCUUUACGAGCAAAACGACCACACCAUCCAAGUACUGACGCCGACGCUGAUUCCCAUUUUCGAAGCUGUCCUCAACCCUCCCACUGAGCAGCUUGAUGAUGAGACGCGUGAGAUCGUGCGCCGGACUGUCCACCUUCUCUUCAACGUGAAGCCGGAUCUGUUCAGCAGUAAUCCUAAUGUGCUGAAGUUGGCUGGUGUUGUUUGA